AUUUCCAGGAGGAAGAACUACUCCAGAACUUUCCCGAGAACACCGUAGACCGUCUUGGAUGAGCAUUUUGAACGAUGGAGAGUCUUGAUGGGAUUGUGGCUAGACGUGAAGCAUUGCCAGUGAGGAUACGGUACAUUCAAGGGCUUCAACACCCUGAAGGCGACCAAGGCAGGCGCCCCAAUGGCCAGCGCUGCAGCUGCACGUGGUCCUUUCGCGAACAAUGACUGUAAUUGUUCGGAUUCUAACCACUCACCAUCGUCAAGCAACUUCCCUCUCUCUGCGACUAGCAAGAUCAUACCUUCAUCGCCUCAGCACACUCGACUUUUCACCUUAAUCGAACCGAGCAGCAAUCAUGGGUCAAUCACCGUCUCAGUUUAUGGAAGAUAUGGAGCGGCGGUCCAACUUUACACAAGCAGAACUUGAACGACUAAAGAAGAGGUUCAUGAAGCUGGAUAGUGAUGGAUCUGGGACAAUAGAACGUGAAGAGUUCCUUCGGAUACCGCAAAUUGCCACCAAUCCCCUAGCCUCGCGAAUGAUUGCCAUUUUUGACGAAGAUGGGGGAGGAUCGGUUGAUUUCCAAGAAUUUGUCGGUGGCUUGAGUGCAUUCAGUUCAAGAGGAGGCCGGGAUGAGAAAUUAAAGUUCGCAUUCAAGGUGUAUGACAUGGAUCGUGACGGCUUCAUAUCGAACGGCGAGCUUUUCCUGGUAUUGAAGAUGAUGGUGGGCACGAAUUUGAAGGAUCAACAACUGCAGCAAAUAGUGGACAAAACGAUCAUGGAAGCGGAUCAGGAUGGUGAUGGAAAAUUGAGCUUUGAAGAAUUUUCUACCAUGGUCUCGAAUACGGACAUUGUCAAGCAAAUGACUCUAGAGGAUUUAUUUUGAGGGUAUUAUCACACGCACACUUGGACAGGGAGGAGGGAAGGGAAGAUUUCAUUCAUGCUACGGUUAUGCACCACGCGGAGCCUUGCGUCCUCUAUCGAUACGAUCCUAGGCUUGUUCAUCUUUUUUCGUCUACUCCUUAUCUGUACAUUUGCAAUUCCCUCAGGACUCAAGGUCGGACUCUUAUCUCACUUUUGUUCAGGAUUUGAUUCUAUUUGGAAAAAAGACGAACAAGACUG